AUUAACCAACUCUCCCACCUCUCCUUGCAGACCAUGACAUAGGACGCUGCAAUCAGUCCUCGAUAGCACGAAGCAGGCGUGGCCAAGUAGCAGGCGUGGCCAAGAAGUAGGCGUGGCCGAGUAGUGGGCGUGGCCAAGUGGGCGUGAUGCCGGCCGCCCGAUCCUCCUUCCUGGGAGACGAUCUCCAAGUGUCUACUUCCGCCUCCGCUCGUUCCCUCAGCUCUGUGUCUGCCGGCGACGAGGAUGAGCGCACGCCCUACGAGCGCGUCCUGUACGGCCUGCACCACGACCAGCGGUGGCUCAAGGAGGUGUCCCUGGGGCGUCGCGUCGGCUUCUACAGGUUCCGCGGAGAGCUCGGCCAGGGCAACUUCUCGACCGUGCGCCUCGCCUACCACCAGCUCACCAGGGACUCUUCGAGGUGGUGGAGACUCUCUCGCGCAUCCACCUGGUGUUGGAGUUCGCCCCCGGUGGAGAGCUCUUCAACCGCAUCACCACCGAGGGCCGUCUGCCGGAGAACGACUCGGGAAAGGUCUUCACGCAGGUCCUGGCCGCCGUCACGUACCUGCACAGCCUAUCCAUAAUCCACCGUGACAUCAAAGCCGAGAACGUAUUCCUGGCGGGUCCCGGGGUCGUCAAGCUGGGUGACUUUGGCUUCUCGACGCGCGUGCACAGCCUGGAACAGCAGCUCAGUACCUUCUGCGGUUCUCCGCCCUACGCCGCGCCAGAACUCUAUAAGGACGAAUCUUACCUGGGCCCAGCUGUUGAUAUCUGGGCUCUGGGUGUUCUUCUGUUCUUCAUCUUAACGUCAGACAUGCCUUUCAAGGCCAACACCGUAGCGGGCCUCAAACGCCACAUCCUGGCCGGUUCCUUCGUCAUCCCGGAGCACGUGUCUCCCUCGGCCCAGGACCUCAUCACCAAGCUCCUGGUGCAGGACCCCUCCGAACGCCCCACGCCCGCCACCAUCAUGAACCACACCUGGCUCUCCAUGGCACCCACGCCCCCGGAACCCCUGAAGCCGUAUGUGAUGGCGCCCGCGUUCUCCACGGAGGAGGACACGCCCUUUGAGGCGGAGGCGGUGUCGACGCUGGCCUCGUGGGGCAUCAGUCGGGAGAGCCUGGAGGACGGGACCGCGCUGGGCGCCCGCUCGCCCGCGCUCGCCACCUACCGCAUCCUCCUGCACCGCCUUCUCAACCGCCCAGAGACGCCCAGUAUCACUUCCAACAACAACUCGGCCGACACCGCCUCCACUCCUGUGCCCACGUCCUCGCCCUCGUCGCCCAACAAGGAAACGUCGCCCAGGAGACACAGGCUCAGACUCAGGAACGGCACCGCGUCGGCGUCGGCGUCUGCGGGCGUCAAGUCACGGGCGUGUAUCAUCGUCUGAGUGUCUAGGGAAGGGCGUUCCGGGUCCUUUGUGCAUUUAAAAAGAACACUGUUGACGAAGGCUUUAAGUUAUUUAUUUACCGAUGUAGGAAACAUCUCUUUUUUUCAACAUUAUGAUUAUUUUGAAAGGCGUUUGUUCCCAUUGUAUACCUUAUUUACUUAUUUCAUGUGUUAUUUUUAGGUGAUUAUUCACACUUUCCUGUUUCAUUUUUAUACUAUUCAGUUAUCUUUUUUUUUCUUCAAAGAACUGACAUGAAAAAUGUGAAAUAGAACAGUGCUAAAAAAAAAA